AUGGCGUUCUUUGUUGCAUUUCACCAGACUGCAUUCACCACCCAAAAGGACUUCGGCAGGGAAGCUCGUGAGGCCGCAUGGGCAUCUGAGCAACGUACACUACAUGGCCUACGGUCUGUUGAGCCAAAGAUGUUUUUAGAGACCGCCACAUUUAGGGACAUUAAUAUCAUGGCAGAAGAAGCUAAAAGGCGUGCAGAGAUUGCAAGGCUAAGAGAGCUUCACACUCUAAAAGGAAAGGUGGAGUCUUUUGCCAAGCUGAGGGGUUUUGAUAUCGAUGCCAUGAACCAGAACUACACUAGACGCAAAUUUGUAGAACAGGAACUUGAGAAAAUGCGGGAGAAAAUUCCACUGCAUAAGAAACAGUCUGAGGCUGCUAAAGAUGCAAAAAUGCAAGUUUUAAAGGAGCUAGAGAGCACUAAGAGGCUCAUACAAGAAUUGAAAUUCAAUCUAGACAGAGGUGAUUGA